AAAGCGCUGGUUAAUCAAAACGGAACCUUUGAAACAUCGUUGCAUGUUGCUAAGCGGACACAUUACGGGGAUACACAGAUUUUUCCAUCAACACCACCAACAACAACUAAAGGGGUCAUCUUCCUACCUGCCUCUCUGUGAGCUGUGACAGCCUGCAGUGAAGCAUGAAUGUGAACCAGGGCACGGUGGGCAGCGACCCGGUGAUCCUGGCCACGGCUGGAUACGACCACACGGUCCGCUUCUGGCAGGCCCACAGCGGGAUCUGCACCAGGACGGUCCAGCACCAGGACUCUCAAGUAAAUUCACUGGAGGUCACACCUGACAGGAGCAUGAUCGCAGCUGCAGGUUAUCAGCACAUCCGCAUGUACGACCUGAACUCCAACAACCCCAACCCGGUGAUCAACUACGACGGCGUCAGCAAGAACAUCACGUCCGUGGGCUUCCACGAAGACGGACGCUGGAUGUACACGGGAGGAGAGGACUGCAUGGCUCGCAUAUGGGACCUCAGGUCAAGAAAUCUACAGUGUCAGAGGAUAUUCCAGGUGAACGCUCCGAUCAACUGUGUGUGUCUGCAUCCCAACCAGGCAGAGCUGAUUGUUGGAGACCAGAGUGGAGUGAUUCAUAUCUGGGAUCUGAAGACUGACCACAACGAACAGCUGAUUCCUGAGCCAGAGGUCUCAAUCAACUCGGUUCACAUUGACCCAGAUGCCAGUUACAUGGCAGCGGUCAACAGCUCGGGAAACUGUUAUGUGUGGAAUCUCGCUGGAGGCAUCGGAGACGAGGUGACUCAGCUCAUCCCCAAGACCAAGAUCCCCGCACACAAACGCUACUCCCUUCGCUGCAAGUUCAGCCCAGAUUCCACUCUGUUGGCGACCUGCUCGGCAGACCAGACUUGCAAGAUCUGGAGGACGUCCAAUUUCUCCCUGAUGACGGAGCUGAGCAUUAAGAGCAACAAUCCCGGAGAGACGUCCAGAGGCUGGAUGUGGGACUGCGCUUUCUCUGGAGACUCUCAGUAUAUCGUCACAGCCUCAUCAGACAACCUGGCUCGUCUGUGGUGCGUGGAGACCGGGGAGAUCAAGAGGGAAUACAGCGGCCACCAGAAGGCCGUGGUGUGUCUGGCCUUCAACGACAGCGUGCUGGGCUGAGUGAGGAGGACGAGGAGGAAAGACACGAACAACUACAGAAAAGCAAUGGACUCUUUUGAAGAUGUGCCUCAAUUUGGGGAAUUAUUAAAAAUUUUCCCAGAAAUGAUCGUUUUCGAGAAGGUGGAGGCCUGUGUUUUGAACAUUACGAUGAAUCUCAGCUGUGUGUUCCAGGAUAUCUACAGCCAGAUACAUGUAAGUAUUCAGCAUCGCGGCAAGGUGAAAAAAAAUCCAUCUUAAAGGGCCAUGCACACCAUUUUGCACCAAAUUUAAGCGGUCGUACAGGAAAACUUCUGUGCCGACAGCGUAAAAUUUGGAUUAAAAUGUAUGCUAGCAUUCAUCACUGACCAUUUAUGUUUUUAACGUGCACAAUAGAAGAUCCUUUUCAACUUGUUUUUUAUCGUGCACCAAUAUUUAUUGUAUCAAAAAGACCAAGUUUAACGUCAACUUGGAUGUGCUCCGGAAUUGAUUUAUUUCUCAUGUCAUGAUAUGUAUAAUUCAUAUUCAAAGUUUAAGUUGUGUUAUUCUUAAUGAUCCUGUGUGAAGAAAAAAAGAUGUACAGAAAAUGAUUCCGCAGUAAAAACGUCAUUCAAAGAA